GCCUAUGAUAGGGAAAAUCGAUAUUCCGUACAACAGUCCCCGACACGACGAUGUAAACACUGCUGGAACGGUCGCGUAACUAACAUAUUGUAGUGGAAUUUUCGCGUAAGAACUUUUUAUCCGGAAAUACCUUUGCAGAACAAACCAUGCUGAUGGUGGACAGUGGAAACGAAAGCGCUGACCGGUUGGAGUCGCUGUUUCUGGAUAAUUUUAAAAGCGAUGAGCAGCAUAAUCUGGCAGAUUCCGAUGCGGAAAGUGAUAUCUACUCUAAAAUGAACGAGUUAGACGUAGUGUUUGCUAACCCGAAACAACCAAACCAGCAGCCGAGUGGUGAAGUACUGGUGGAUGAUCCAGCUGCCAUUAGUCGGAGGAUUCUGACUAGUGACAAUAGCACAGAAUCAUACGCUUCCUCCGGUGCGACGAUCAGCAGCGUUUCGACGCAGGACGACGAGGUCCGGGGUAGUCAGAAGUUGACCCAGAUAAAUACAUGCAAAAUUCUGCAACGAAAGCUAGAGCUGAAGGUGGAACGGGCGAAACGCAACUAUCGGCAGAUGUAUGAGGAACAGGAUUUAAACCAAGAACUGGCCACGAAAUCGGCUUCCAUGAUUCCAAUAAGCCGCCUAGCGAUUCCGGGGGGAGGUAGUAUUCGGGACAGCCAGCAACCUCUGGUGGAUGUCAAUCCGGCGGAAGGAAAUAGCGAUGAAGACGAACUGGAACCGGUGUCAUUUUUCCCGAGACCGGACCGAAAUGGUUUGGCAAAUCAGCGGCACACACGGCAGGAACUGUCGGAUACGUUUAGCAUACAGGAAAUGACGAUCGAAUCGGACCAGGAGGACGAACUAGAUUACGAACAGUGUCGGAAGUUGUCCAACAGUAAGGGUUACAAGAAAAUUUUGAAUCGCGCGAUUAGCGGGGAAGGUGAAGAUUAUCUGGAUAACGAUGCGGAGGAUGAUGACGAUGCCCAGAAUUUGGAACUUCUGCCACCGAGAGCGGGCUACGGGCUGAAAGAAUUGGUUCAACGUGUGCUGUGCUGUUCGCGAAAGAAUGAACUGUUUUCCUGAAAUUACGAGUACCGGUUGGUUGCGGAUUGCAACGACAACGGUUGAAGGUAGGGGGGCGGAAAGUGCUGUACAAUAAAAUGCGCUACGAUUGUUUGUGCGUAAUGUGA